GUCCUAAGGAUUUAAGACAGACAAAGCUGAUUAGACAAGAGAGACUGUGCAAUGCUGGUUUGGUGGGGGAGGACGAACUGCUCAACACACACAACCACACACACACACACCGCCUGUCCGCCUUCAUAGCUGCAAUUUGAAAGCAGCGUCAGCCCUGGAGAGAAAAAGAGAGAUAAAGGGCAGGAUUCAAUCUAAGCUUUGCAUGGCUGAGAUUUGAGAGGCUGGGAUUCUCUAGGAAGAGGAUGGAGCUAGAUCCUGCUCCAGACCAAGUAUCUCCAAGACAUAAGAGCCUCAUGGAAUCUCCGAAUACAAACCCUUCGCCCACCCCUGGGAGCAAUGGCAACGACGAGGCAGCCAUCAUCCGGAAGCAAAAACUGGAAUUCCAGCGCCGUAUCAUCGAAAAGAAGCAACGCCGCAAGCGCCAAGAGCCACUCAUGGUUCAGGCCAACACAGAUGCCAAGGUGAAGGGGCGCUGCGGAAGGCGCAAGCCUGAGGAGCGCAUCCCACUCAUGGAAUCCUGCAGUGAGCACAGCCUGUACAAUAGUACAAACAACCCCUACCUGGUGGAAUCUGUCCCAGAAGCUCACCUUGGCGCACAUAUGUGGGGCAACUCUGUGCAGAUGAAACGGGUGCAAAACCAUGGCCAAGGGGAAAAUCAAGAGGUUUCUCCAGAUAUCUCAGAUGAGUCAGAGCUGGAGGUGGCUGUUUUGGAAGAAACCCAACCAAUCAACAAAAAUGAAACAGCUCCCAAGAAUGGCUGGCAGGCCAAGCAGAAAGAAGGACGACCAAAUGCCCAGCGGCGUAACCAGGCUUCCAAAUCAAAAAAGGCAGUCUUAUCCCCAAGAGAGAACUCUCCACCUGCCAUGGAGGAUGUGGAGGCCAAGAGCCCCAGGUAUAGACCCAAGACACAAAAACCAAGGAAGAAAGUCUUAUCUCCAAUCCCAAAGGUUCCAGCAGAUAUGGAAGUUUUCAAGAAGGAUUCUCAUAUUGAGGAAGUGGAGUCUAUAGACUCCAAGGACACCACUGAGGAAAGGUAUGAUGUCCUGAGAGUCCCCACCAGCUCUGAAAGUGAGGGGGAGUCAUCCCAGGAACUGAGCUUAUCAUCUUCAACCCUGAAGAAAUCCCGUAACUGGAUGCUUUCCCACAGAGGAUCUCUCACCAAUGGAAGAAGAAGCCAGAGCGAUGAGGAGGAAGAUGAAGAUGAUGAAGAUGAGGAGAAGAAGGAAGAUCUCAACAUCGAGGAGCAGGACAUCCUUGAGCGGGUCAUGUACAUCCGCGAGGAGGUCAACUUGUCCUCUUCUCCAAGUGAGGAACCCAACAACCCGCUGUCCCUCAAAGUGGGUGAUGUUGAAGAAUUUGUUCUGAAACCUGCACCUAAGGGCAGUAUUAUCCAGUGCCGCAUCACACGGGACAGGAAAGGAAUGGACAAGGGCAUUUUCCCAUUCUACUAUCUACAUCAUGAGCUGGAAAAUGGAAAGAAGCACUUCCUGAUGUCUGGACGGAAGAGGAAAAAAAGCAAAACCUCAAAUUAUCUCAUUUCCCUAGACCCCAUUGACCUGUCACGAGAUGGAGACAACUUCAUUGGAAAAGUCAGAUCCAAUGUGCUGGGAACUAAGUUUACUGUGUUCGACAACGGGAUCAAUCCAGACAAGAAACCCUUCGUUCCAGAAACAGCUGACUUGCGGCAAGAGUUGGUUGCUAUUUGCUAUGAAACCAAUGUUUUGGGAUUCAGGGGCCCACGAAAAAUGACCGUGAUCAUUCCCGGCAUAAACACAGACAACGAGAGAAUCUGCAUCCGUCCGAAAAAUGAACACGAGACUUUAUUGACACGAUACCAGAACCGGAACAUGCAGAACCUGAUCAAACUCCAGAACAAGAUGCCUGCUUGGAAUGAAGAGACCCAGUCAUAUGUGCUCAACUUCCAUGGGCGUGUCACGCAGGCAUCUGUCAAAAAUUUCCAGAUCAUUGCAGAAGAUAACCCUGACUACAUUGUGCUCCAGUUUGGCCGUGUGGCACCCAACGUUUUCACUAUGGACUACCAGUUCCCGCUCUGUGCCCUUCAGGCAUUUGCCAUCUGCCUCUCCAGCUUUGACGGGAAACUUGCUUGCGAGUAGAGAGCCAAGCCAAGCAACUUCAAUUCUCCAAAUCCCUGUGGUUUUUGCUCCAGAUUGCUUCUUGCUGCCUCAUAAAGUUGGAUACAGUCCAAUACAUUUCUAGUACUGCCUUCCUUUGAACCUCUGACCAUCCCAUCCCUUGUCAGGCUGGACCUCCAAAUGACCUGUCACUGUCAAGUUGGCUUAUUGGCUUUGCUUAAGUUUAAGUUCUGUUGAGCCAAAUUAGCCUCAUGCUUUUCUAGAGCCCUUGACUUUUCAUCUUGCAUUUACUUCUGUUCUUUCUUUCUUCUUUACUUGAAUUCCCCCCCCCCCCCCAUUCACAAACUUACCUGUACAACCUAAUCUUUCAACUUCCCUACUUUGGCUCAGGUUCUAACAUUCCUCCUACCAACCUUUCCAAAGAGCACCUACCUGCUAAAGAAACGGGCUAUUUCACCUCAUAUGGACCACCGCUUUGUUACUUGAAACAGCAAACACCAAAAGAACAAUCAUUUCUGCCAGCUUCACACAUUCAGAACAAGAGAAGAGGCAGCCACUGAAAAUAUAGACUGAAACUGCAACCCCACCUGUUCUCCCUUCUUUAUCAGAUUGCGUAAUAGAUUGGAAAUAAAGUUUACUGAGAGUUCAA